AUGACUGAAAAUACAAAAACCUAUAUAUUUCUAAGCUCUUAUGCAACAUUAUUUCUACUGAUUUCUUUUUCAAUAGUUGUAUAUCUUUAUUUGAAUCCAAAACAUGAUUAUGAUUCUGAAUAUGAUCAAACCAAAAAACUUGGCGAAGAAUCUAAAAAUUCUUCAGAUUUCAAUUUGUGUGUAACUGAAAAAUGUAAAAAACUUGGAAAUUGUAUGAAAUCGUUUAUGAAUUCAAAAAUUGACGCUUGUGUCGAUUUUUAUGAAUUUGCAUGUGGAAAUUAUGAGAAGAACAAACAUGCAUAUUCGGAAACGGUUUAUUACAAAAACAAAAAUCAUAAAAAACUCCAGAAUUUUAUUUUGAGGAAUUUCAAGACGAUCUCGAAAUCUGAAAAAGUUUUGAAGAUGUUUAUUAAUAAAUGUGAAAACAAUUCAGCGGCAGAUGAUUCGAGUUAUUGGAAAGAAACUGAUAGUUUUUGGACAAAUGAAACUAUAACCGACUUAUUGAUUGAAGUCACAAAAAUCAGACCUUCUGGAGUAUUUCUAGAAAAUGAUAUAUAUUUCAACAAUUUGGAAAUGACAUUGGUUUUGAGAAGUGGGCUUAGGCAAAAAGUUGAAAAUGAACCUGGAAUUGAAAAGAAGUUUGUGGAUGCUCGAAAAUUUUCGACGAAAUUUAUGGAUUUGACAAAAUAUAUUCGAUAUUUGUUACCAAGAAGUGAUCGAAAAACUUCGCGAAAAUGGAAGGUUUUUGUGAUAAAAGAAGAGUUUGAUGAACUUGAGGUGUUUUUCCAACGAAAUGAGAGUUAUGCAAGAGAAGUUUUGAAGGAAAAAUGGAAAUCGAAAAUGAAGUCUUAUUGGGUUCCGGAAAAUGCAAGAGAAAAGAGAAAAGCUUGUGGUAAGGUGAGUUAUAUGAAUUUCUUCAGAAAUGGCCUGACAUUAGUUGAAAAAUUUCCAGAAGGCUGAAAAACUAUUUCCCGGAACUCUAUCCAAAAUCUUCACUGACAGGUUUUUGGGCGACAGAACUCUUGAAGACGCCAAUAAUUUAUUCGAAGAAAUCCGAGACGAAACAAUCGAAAUGUUCGAAAAAUCCACAUGGUUAGAUCAGAAAACAAAACAAUUUCUGAUAAAAGAAGCGAAAAGUAUUCAAAAAACCAUCGGAGUUCCAGACGAACACAAAAACCAAGCAAAUAUUGAAAAAAUGUACAAAUCAAUAAAAGUGCCAUUCAAAGAAACUUUUUUGGAACUUGUGAGAGAAUUAUUGAAAAUGAAUACAGAACAAACAUUUUUGAAGAUUAAGAAUGGCGAAACAAUGACGUAUUUUGGAAGAGGUUUGGGACAUUCGGCAAAUUUUGUUACCGAAUCUUUUCGUGUUAGUAAGUGAUUUUGGGGGAGGGUUUAGAAUUUUGAGCGGAGAAUUUUUUGAACGAAGAUUUCAUAAAAUAGCUUUUUGAGCACCAAUUUUUGUAUAAAACUAUCAAUAAUCAACUAAAAUUACGUUACUUUUACUGGGAAAAGAGGUGAAUAUGAAUUUAAUAACAAAAAAACGCGAAUGAAAAAUGUUCGAAAAAUAAAAACAAGAAAAUAAAAGUAAAAAUGGAAGUGACUUUUUUUACCUAGAUUUUUUUCAUUAUUUUUAUAUAUUUUUCAAAUUAUACAGAAUUUUUGAUCAAUUUUAUUCAAUUUUUCCAAAAUCCCUCCCCAAAAAACUCACCAAUCGCUUCUAUUUCACAAAUCCACAAAAAUCAUCGUAAAUUCGAGAAUUCCAAAUAUAAUCCUUGAUAAAUCCGUAAUCCUCCAAAUUUUCCACGUAAUUGACAUUGAAAUGCAAUUGUUCAUCAAUAUUUCAAGCUGAAAAUCAGAAAAUUUGAAUUUCUCAUGUACCAUUGAGUUCUGCUAACUUCAUUUCUGUUUUUCUAGAUUUCGGAGGAUUUUCUGUGUCUCACAACAAUUUUCCAGCUAUUUUUUUAGAGGUUCACAGCAAAAUCUUACUCAAACAAAUUUUCCAUCGAUUUUUGAUCCAGUAAUUUUCAUAAAAAGUCCCAAGUGUUUUUCAUAAAAAUUCCAACGACGGCUCCUUCAAUUCUUGACUUUCCCAGUUCGAAAAAUCGAUAAUUCCAGCUUUCUCCGAAGUUUCAUGUCCAGAAUAUGAAUUUGACAAAAAAAUCCUGUGGAAAUCUCAAAAUUCGUCCCAUUUCCAUCGAAUAUUGUAUCAAAUUCAACUAAACAUCGUUUUCCUCACAUUUAUAAUCAUUUUUAAUCCUGAAAACUCAAAAAUUUCAAUCGAAACAGUGUUUCUCUAAAAAAAACCCACCUUUCUUCGAUAAUCCUCGGAUUUUCCGUUAGAAGCGAUGAUUUCAGCCUUGUAGAACAUCUAAAAAUUCAAUUUUUGACUGAAAUCCACUGAUUUUCCCCGGAAACCUGAAAACCCAGCGAAAAAAACAAAAAAAAAUAAAAAUAUUCUCGCGCGAGACGAUCGUGUUGCGCUAAAUAGCGGGCAAGCCGGAGUGUCGUUGUAAAAGUUUUUUUUUUGAAAAAAAAAUCCCUGAAGUUACAAUAAGCUUUUUUUUACCUUUUUGUUAGUGCAUCCAUCUUCUAAUUUAUUUCAAAAAUGAAACUUGGCGGCAAAAAAAACUGCCACGUGGGUUUUCCUGAAUUUUUAACCCAAUAUUUGUUUCCAGCAAUCCCAGCAUUUCGUCUAACUUAUCCAGACAUUCACGAAGGCUUGCCAGAAUGGAAUCAAAUUAUUGCACUUGGUAGAACUUUCGGUCAUGAAAUUGGUCACGCAUUUGAUGCAGAACGAUUCGUUGAAAAUGGUCGCAACAAGAAUUAUUCGAGCUCUGAGAUGAGCAAUGAAAUUAUAAAAGAGUUUCGGAAAAGAAUUGAUUGUAUUGUCAAAAAAUAUGAUAAAUUGCAGUUUUUUGAUGGAAGUUUUGUGAGUUUUCGGGAUACGAUUUAUUUUUGGAAUUUUGAGCAAACUUCAGUUUCUGAAAUCCUCAAAAUCACCGUUUCAUCUAUAAAUUCCAGGGAAACGGUUCACAAACAUCAUACGAAGAUUCAGCAGACAAAUUUGCCCUCGACGUGACUUAUAAACUUUUCAAAAAACUCAAAAAUCCUCAAAAACUUGGUCCUCUCAAAAAUUUCUCAAUCGACAAGCAAUUUUUCCUGAGAUUCGCUUUUGUACGUUUUGUUCCCCGAAAAAUUCCAAUAUUUUUUUCGAUUUUCAGCACUACUGCGAAAGCCCAUGGAAAGCUGAAAAAAUCAAAAGUUGGCGAAAAAAUGGGAAUGUUCAUAGUAUGCACAAAUUUCGAGUGAAUGGAGUUGUUCAGAAUUCGCCGGAAUUUUCGAAAGCUUUUCAAUGCGAGCCUGGAAGUUUGAUGAGUCCAAAAGAGAAAUGUUCACUUUUUUGA